CCAUUUCCCGCCAAUAAACCCCCAGAAAUUACACUCUUUUGCACACUUUUGCAACUUCAAUCUCCAAAUUCUCAAUUUCUCCAAAAACCCAAAACUCCAUUUUUCUCUCAACACUCAUCAAUGGCUUCCGAUUCUUCUCCUGGCCAUAUAAAUGGAGGUCCUUCAUCACCAGAUGAUUUCACAUCAAGUCCAAUUGGAAACACUGUGUCAUCACCCGGCGAUGGUUUGCGACAAAAUGUUCGGACUCGAUCAAAUUACUCAACCCCAACCUCUGAUAGGAGGAGACCAAACCCGUCAAAUGAAGGUAGAACACCUUCUUCAUCUGGGUCCCGCAGAAGGGGUCGCCCUAGGCGGGACCAACCUCCAUCGACACCUGUUGCGCCUACACCGACCUCAUCUGAGGCUGGGGAAGGGUUUGAUGGGGAUGAUGCUCCACCAAUGUAUGUGUGGGGGACUAAUAUUAGUGUUCAGGAUGUUAAUGAAUCAAUUUUGAGAUUUUUGAGGAAUUUUAGGGAUGCUUCUAUUGAUUUAGAGAGUGGGGAGAUUGAAGGUAAGUAUAUGAGAUCGAUUCGAAGAGUGAUUGAGAUUGAAGGUGAUUGGCUUGAUGUUGAUGCACACCAUAUGUUUGAUUAUGAUCCUGAUUUGUAUAAUAAGAUGGUUAGGUACCCUCUUGAAGUUUUGGCGAUUUUCGAUAUCGUUUUGAUGGAUAUUGUUGCUAGGGUUAAACCACUUUUUGAGAAACAUGUUCAAGCUAGGAUUUUUAAUCUUAAGACUUCUACUUGCAUGAGGAAUUUGAAUCCUUCUGAUAUUGAGAAGAUGAUAUGUUUGAAGGGGAUGGUUAUUCGAUGUAGUGGAGUUAUACCUGAGAUUCGAGAAGCCGUUUUCAGGUGUCUUGUAUGUGGAUAUUUUACUGAUGCUAUUGUAGUAGACCGAGGAAGAAUUAACGAGCCUCCUGCCUGUAUGAGGGAAGAAUGCAAGGCACGGAACUCUAUGACACUUGUUCACAAUAGAUGCAGGUUUGCUGAUAAGCAGAUUGUGAGACUCCAAGAGACACCAGACGAGAUUCCUGAUGGAGGGACGCCUCACACAGUGAGCUUGUUGCUGCAUGACAAGCUGGUGGAUAUGGCGAAGCCAGGUGACCGGGUUGAGGUCACCGGAAUUUAUAGAGCAAUGACUGUCAGAGUUGGACCUACUCAAAGAACUGUGAAGUCGUUGUUCAAGACUUACAUUGAUUGUCUCCAUAUAAAGAAAACCGAUAAGUCGAGAAUGCAGAACGAAGAUCCCAUGGAGGAAGAAAUGGGAGCAAACCGAAAUGAAGAUGAUGUGAAUGUUGACUUUCAGAAGAAGGUGGAUGAAUUGAAGGAGCUGUCCAAAUUGCCUGACAUAUAUGACCGACUAACAAGAUCGUUGGCUCCAAACAUUUGGGAGCUUGAUGAUGUCAAAAGAGGCCUUCUUUGUCAGCUGUUUGGCGGUAGUGCAGUGAAGUUGGCAUCUGGAGCUAGUUUCCGCGGUGACAUUAACAUCCUUCUUGUUGGUGAUCCUGGGACAAGCAAGUCACAACUGCUUCAGUAUAUCCAUAAGCUAUCUCCUCGAGGGAUUUAUACGAGUGGAAGAGGAAGCUCAGCUGUUGGAUUGACUGCCUAUGUUGCAAAAGAUCCUGAAACUGGAGAAACUGUUCUCGAAAGCGGUGCCCUUGUUUUGAGUGAUAGAGGUAUCUGUUGCAUUGAUGAAUUUGACAAAAUGUCUGAAAGUGCACGAAGCAUGUUACAUGAGGUGAUGGAACAACAAACAGUUUCAAUUGCAAAGGCUGGAAUAAUUGCUUCCCUUAAUGCUAGAACCUCUGUACUGGCUUGUGCAAAUCCCAGUGGUUCACGUUACAAUCCUCGAUUGUCUGUUAUUGACAACAUACAUCUUCCUCCUACCUUACUGUCAAGGUUUGAUUUGAUAUAUUUGAUACUUGACAAAGCUGAUGAGCAAACAGACAGGCGCCUUGCAAAACAUAUAGUUGCUCUUCACUUUGAAGACCCUGAGAGUGUGCAGCAGGAUUUCUUAGACCUUCAUACAUUAACUUCUUAUGUAAGUUAUGCAAGAAAGUAUAUUCACCCACGGUUGUCUGAUGAAGCUGCUGAAGAACUGACCCGUGGAUACGUUGAGAUGAGAAGAAGAGGGAACUUUCCUGGAAGUAGUAAGAAGGUUAUAACUGCAACACCAAGGCAACUUGAGAGUUUAAUACGACUUGGUGAAGCAUUGGCUCGGAUGCGUUUCUCUGAAUGGGUUGAGAAGCGUGAUGUGAUUGAAGCUAUCCGGCUAUUAGAAGUUGCAUUGCAACAAUCAGCAACUGAUCACUCCACAGGAACCAUAGAUAUGGAUCUAAUUACAACUGGAAUAUCAGCAAGCGAAAGGAUUAGACGUGAGCAAGUGUUGUCUGCAACGCGCAAUGUAAUCAUGGAGAAAAUGCAACUUGGUGGAGCAGCAGUACGCACAUUAGAGUUGCUUGAAGAACUGAAGAAGCAGAGUUCUGGUGCCGAAUUCCACCUUAAUGAUUUGCGAAAUGCACUAGCAACUCUAGCAGGUGAGGGAUUUGUAUCUGUUCAUGGUGAUAAUGUAAAGAGAGUAUAGAAGUGGAGGAUCGCAGCACAGCUCAGACUCAAGAGUGAUGAAAAAACAGUGUAACAUUAACACACUUGAACGGUUUAGCGUACAAGUCUCAUAUUAUGUUGGUGACAUGGUAGUUUAGGGUUCCAAAAGUUUUAGUAUAGUAUUGAGUGACGUAAAAUUUGACAAUUGUUUGUUGUAAUUAUUCUCAUUAUCAAAUCUCUGCUGUGUUUUAGAA